UUUUUUUUUUUCCUUCUUUUUCUAAAUCUAUCAGGUAAAUAAAGCUGUAAUCUUGUGGAAUGCAGAAUUAGGUUCCAUUGAAAUUUGCAGGACAACGCCACAGUAACUCCCCUCCAUCUCUCCUUGAUCUUUGUAAAGCUAUCUCUCUAUCUCUUCCUUCCCCCCCUCAGACCUCCGUCUUUCUCACGCGCAUUUCAUCAAACACAUGGACGGCGAUCCCGUCUGAACAACCCUCCCUCCUUCCUUCCGUCACCACCCUCCCACCGCCCAUCUUCCUUCUCUCGGGCGGAAAAUACCCAUUAUCUCCCAGCGCCUUUACCAUCUUCCUUUUCCUUCCCGAUAAUGGAGCGAGCCGGGUUGCGAUACUGAUCCCCCUCCAAACCGGCGCUCUUCUUCUAUUUCUUUCCUCUUUUGGGCACGCGCAAAUUUCUCGUCUUUCAUUGUGCUGGAAUCCUCUUUCCUGCAUUCAUGGCGUGAAACCCAUAGCCCACAAUCAAUUUUGUUUGUUUGGGUCAAACGAUUUUGCUUUCUCCCAUCCAAAUUGCAUUGCUGGGUAUUGAGAUCUGUGCAAAACCGAUUAAACCCCCUCCGCCCGAAGCCUUCUCGAUGCCAGGCCGUCGCGGGAGUUAGCGCUCGCAGGAUUGUGAUUGGGGUUCGUUCUUUCGCUUCUCUUUUCCGAUGUCGGGGGCGGGUCACGCAGUGGAACAGCACCGCCAACACCAUCACCAACAACAAGGGUUGCCGAAGAUGGAAGCGAACAAUCCGAACCGCCGCGGCCCCAUUAAGAAAUCGGGUCCUGCUGGGACCAUGGAGCAUGUGCUACUGGCUCUCAGGGAGACCAAGGAAGAGAGGGAUGUUAGGAUUAGGAGUUUGUUCAAUUUCUUCGAUGUUGGGAAUGCUGGCUACUUGGAUUACGCCCAGAUAGAGACCGGUCUCUCUGCGCUGCAGAUUCCACCAGAGUAUAAAUAUGCCAGGGAUUUGUUGAAGGUAUGCGACGCGAAUAGGGAUGGGCGGGUGGAUUACACAGAGUUCAAGAGGUACAUGGAUGAUAAAGAGCUCGAGUUGUACAGGAUUUUUGAAGCAAUUGAUGUGGAACAUAAUGGGUGCAUUUUGCCCGAGGAGCUUUGGGAUGCGCUUGUUAAGUCUGGCAUUCAAAUUGAUGAUGAGGAACUUGCACGUUUUGUAGAGCAUGUUGAUAAAGAUAAUGAUGGGAUAAUAACCUUUGAGGAAUGGAGAGAUUUUCUCUUGCUAUAUCCACAUGAAGCUACCAUUGAAAACAUAUAUCAUUAUUGGGAGAGGGUCUGUCUUGUAGACAUUGGAGAACAUGCUGUUAUUCCUGAAGGCGUCAGUAAGCAGGUCCAUAGGAGUAAAUAUUUCAUUGCAGGGGGAAUAGCUGGUGCAGCUUCACGCACUGCAACUGCCCCUCUUGAUCGCCUGAAGGUUGUUUUGCAAGUUCAGACAACUCGUGCUUCUAUUGUACCCGCUGUGAAGAAGAUAUGGAGGGAUGAUGGUUUCCGUGGGUUUUUUCGAGGUAAUGGGUUGAACGUGACGAAGGUGGCUCCUGAGAGUGCUAUUAAGUUUUAUACUUAUGAGAUGCUGAAGAAUGUUAUUAGAGACUUCAAAGGGGGACAGGAUGUCGACAUUGGUGCAUCUGGUAGACUUAUGGCUGGUGGAUUGGCAGGUGCGGUAUCACAGACUGCCAUCUACCCAAUGGAUCUUGUGAAAACUCGAUUACAAACUCAUCCGUGUGAAGGUGGAAAAGCACCUAAAUUGGGAACACUAACUAGGGACAUCUGGGUACAUGAAGGGCCUCGAGCCUUCUACAAGGGUCUCGUCCCUUCACUUCUUGGUAUUGUUCCUUAUGCUGGCAUUGAUCUUGCUGCUUAUGAGACCUUGAAGGAUAUGUCGAAGACUUAUCUUCUACAGGAUAGUGGAUUUUCUAACCAAAAACUUCUCGCCCUUGCAGAACCGGGGCCUCUUGUUCAACUGGGGUGUGGUACAAUCUCCGGGGCUCUUGGGGCAACCUGUGUCUACCCCUUGCAGGUCGUCCGGACAAGAAUGCAAGCUCAACAAGCCAAUGAUGCUGCCCCAUAUAAAGGAAUGUCUGAUGUAUUUUUGAGGACACUUCAGAAAGAAGGUUACAGAGGCUUGUACAAAGGGCUGUUCCCAAAUCUCCUAAAGGUUGUACCUGCUGCAAGCAUAACAUAUAUGGUUUAUGAAGCAAUGAAAAAGAGGCUACAGCUCGAGUAGGAAAGCACCCUUCGCCAGAUGCCAGUAAUGGGUGGUGACGAUGACGACGAAUAAUAUUUGAGACUAGUAAGUCAAGUAGGAAAAUACAAUUGGUUCUUUUGGGACUUGCAUAAUAUAGACUGCAAAUUCCAGCCCCUUCAGGUUUUUAGGGGGGGAGCACAUAGUUUUGUUAGAUGAAGAGUUGAUCUCUCAUGAUUCAUGAGGCUUAUCUAAAGUAAGUUUGCCCUGGAUAAUCCCAACUUGCUAGAUGAUUUGAUGAACAGCAAGCAUUGUUGAUCCAACUUAUUUGAGUUGAAUAUAGGUAUGUCUGCAUACCUUUUGCGUUUCACCGUUUUGCUCCGGUUUGAGACUGUUCGAGAAACUCUGUCGAGGAUCAUGCCGUAUUGUUUCCAUGAUACAGUUUUGCUCUGGUUUGACAUGGUUUGAGAAACUCUGUUGAGUAUCAUGCCGUAUUGUUUCCAGGAUAUAGUAGUGGGCGUGUUAGCAUUGUUGCUAACAGAAAUUAUUAAGAGUAUUUUGGUAACCGCUGCUACGAUCCUGCCCAUUUCUUUCCAAAACAACUCCUCUCCUCCGUCG